UGGAUCAGAUAGCAGAGAUAGAGAGAAAGAGCGAGAGACAGAGAAAGAAGAGAGGGUGACUGUGUGGAUUGGACAAGGUUGGGGGAAACAUUGAUUUAAACAAGUGGACCUCCAGAGAGAGAGAGAGAUCCCCAAAGAUCAUUCAGACCGGAAUAUCAUGCUUCUUUUCCCAGAAAAUUGUUAUCUAGAAAUGUUACCUUUGGUCAUUUGCGAAGGGCUACUUUCCUUCCCAAUUUUCCCAUCUAUCUAUUUCUGAAAACGAGAGCACCUAUCGAGUGCGUCUUGCUGGAACAGGUGUUGUGUUGUGCAGCGGUACGGUCCCUGUCCUGUCACUGCGUUGUGUUGUGCAGACACUUUUUCUGAACGGAGAAAGAGACUAUUGACGACCAGGACCAAUCGAGAUGAAGAAGCUCAGCGGGUUUUUCCGGUUCUGUCUCACUCGGAUGGAGUGGUUCUAUCCAUAAAGGAUCUGAAGAGAAUUAGCCAGAACCCAGCAGAAAACAUGCUACAGUUUGGCUAAAGAACCUUUGCGAGCAGAAGGGGAACUGGAAAACCUCUGUGGAAAUCUCUGUACCUCUGUUCUAGAACAGUUGGAGAAAGGGAACUUUAACUUGAACAAAUAGGGAUCAUCACAUCACAAGGUCAGGAAGGGUGUGUCUAGGACCCAUUUGGCCACUUGGACAGAGAUCUGUUUUGGCAUCAGGGGGGAACCGCCUGUGCCCAUUUCCUGUAAUCCCCAGUGCUGUUUCCUGUGGCUUGCCUACCACUCUGACUGUUGAGUUGGAGCAGCGACUCUCUGGUGCCCCACUGGCUGAGCCUGGCUCGGUCAUGAGUGUGGUCGGGGCGCACCGCUACAGCAUUGUGUCCUCGGAGGAAGAAGGCCUGCGUCUCGGUGCCAUGCCUUCCGUCACAAUGGGCAACGGCUUCGGUAACGGCAAGAUCCACACGACGCGCCGCAAGUGCCGCAGCCGCUUCGUGAACAAGAACGGCCAGUGCAAUGUGCACUUCUCGCACAUGGACGAGAAGUCGCAGCGCUACAUGUCGGACAUCUUCACCACGUGCGUGGACAUCCGCUGGCGCUGGAUGUUCCUGAUGUUCACACUGGUGUUCGUGGUGUCCUGGCUGGCAUUCGGCCUGGCCUUCUGGGUCAUCGCUUUGCUUCAUGGAGAUAUGGACAACCCGGGUGGUGGAGACGAUAACUUCACCCCCUGCGUCCUGCAGGUCAACAGCUUCGUGGCCGCCUUCCUGUUCUCCGUGGAGACACAGACCACCAUUGGUUAUGGCUUCCGCUGCGUGACGGAGGAGUGCCCCUCAGCCGUCUUCAUGGUGGUCUUCCAGUCCAUUUUCGGCUGCAUCAUCGACUCCUUCAUGAUCGGUGCCAUCUUAGCCAAGAUGGCGAGGCCUAAGAAGCGUGCAGAGACGCUGCUGUUCAGCAACAAUGCAGUGAUCGCCAUGCGGGAUGGGAAGCUGAGCCUUAUGUGGAGGGUGGGCAACCUGAGGAAGAGCCACAUGGUGGAGGCCCAUGUCCGGGCCCAGCUCAUCAAGCCCCGCAUCACAGAGGAGGGUGAGUACAUCCCCCUGGACCAGAUCGACAUCAACGUAGGGUAUGACACGGGCAUCGACCGCAUCUUCCUGGUCUCCCCGCUCACCAUUGUGCACGAGAUCGAUGAGGAGAGCCCCCUGUUCGGCAUCAGCAAGCUGGACCUGGAGUUGUCCGACUUUGAGAUAGUGGUGAUACUUGAAGGGAUGGUGGAAGCCACAGCCAUGACAGCGCAAGCUCGCAGCUCCUACCUGUCCUCAGAGAUUCUGUGGGGUCACCGCUUCGAGCCUGUCGUCUUCGAGGAGAAGAGCCAGUACAAAGUGGAUUACGCUCACUUCCACAAAACCUUUGAGGUGCCGUCCACCCCCCAGUGCAGUGCCAAGGACAUGGCGGAGAUGGAGGAUGAGGACAAGGAUCCUACGCCCACAGCCAACUCUUUCUGCUAUGAGAAUGAGCUGGCUUUCAUCAGCCAGGACGAGGAAGAUGAUGAGGAGGGGCAGGAGGAUGGGGACAGGGUGCCAGAGCUGGAGAGACUGCAGGCCACCGUCAGCCUAGACCAGAGGUCAUAUCGUAGAGAAUCGGAGAUAUGACCUUUGACAUUUCAAAAUAGUUUUCUUGUAACUCAGUUCUAGCGGGUUGUUUUCCAUGUGAAUACAUGCAGAGCAAUGCAAGUGCCAUAUGAAACCCAUGACUUAUCGCACGCUACAGCCAUGAGGAAGGAGGAAAUCACUCUAGAAACAGCCAUGAGUGGAGACAGCAGUGCUGCUUACUCAUAGCAUGGAAUAACAGGAACAGUCAUCAAAAGACCCCUCUCUCUUUAAGAAAACUUUAAACCUUUUGGUCAUGAGAUGGUUUGAGGUAGGAGCUUUAUAUAAUGCAAUAUUCAUUGUCUAUUAGGAAAUAAUAUCUUAGCUAUAAAAAAAAUAUAUAUUGAUUUCUUAGUUGAGUGUGUGAAGUAUUUUCAACAGAUCAAGAGGGUAUUUUGAGGGAUUCUUAUAACUGCCCUAUAUUGUAGUUUACAGAGUCAAAGACACAGAGUGUGCUGGAAAUAGAAACACUGGAUACCUACUGCUGUUUAGUUAAACAUUUUCUAUAUGCACACCUGUAGUUUUAAAGGUGCUUUCCAUAAAUAUUGCCUGCUGCUAAUUAGCUAUUUGAAGUAAAUAUGAAAUAUAAACUUAAAAUUGGAAGAAUACAGUGAUAAAAUGCAUAAGUGCAUAAAUUUGUGUUGUGUAUUUUGCAUUUCUAUACAAUUUGAAUCCCUUAGAAAGUGAACAAUUGAUAGCAUGAAAUUAGAUUUUUGUUAUAUUACUGGGAACCUGUAUAGAAAACAAUUAGUGGGCACAAUUCACUAUCAAGUGAACAAAACACUAUGUUUUGCUGUCUAACUCACUCUCUAGCAAUUGCACCCCACCACUUUAUUUGUUUUGAACAGGGAAUCUGAUUGAUUUAGACAGCUCCAGUUAUUGCACACAGCUGAACGGCUGACCAGGCAGCAACAUUGAUAAAGCACAGUUACAGGUUGGCUCGUACCGAAAUCUAGCACAAAUAGAACAAAGCACUGCAUUAAGGGGCUACACUCGGCUACACUUGAAAAUCAAACAAAUUAACCCAUUAGCCACCGCACAGAAGCAAAAGAUUGGCUAACAAAAGAGCAGUAGCCUUAACUGUAUAUUAGGCUACAUUUCAGCUGAUAAUACUAAAAUGGGAGUUGGCUGGGUGACUGAAGUUAAAGACCAGAUAAUAUAGAACUGUAGAAUUGACCUACUGACAGUCUUACCAAAAACCUUAAAACAGAGGAAAUAAGUGACAAGUGGGAAUAAAAGAGGGACAAAGAAAGAAGAGGAGAGAUUAAAGUUGGUAGGUAAAGUCAAUCAAUCAUCACGUAGGUAAAGUCUGGUAUGGUACUAAAAAUGGGUAUAUAAUUUGCACUGUUACAUCUCCUUCCAGUCAUCACAUUGGCUGAGGAGACAUCAAUCAAGACAUGGGUCAUGUUCAUUGGGUACCAAAAGGGAGAAAAAAACAUAUGCAAUAGUAAACAAAAAAAAUGGUUUACUAUUGCAUAUGUUUUUAAACGUUGUGUGUCCUAAUGAACACGGCCAUGAGGUUGCUUAAAGAGGAGAUACCAUUGGACAUCCCUAAACAGACCCAAAGGAGGAAAUAGUGAGAAAUAGAAUAAUGGAGAGAGACAAAAGAGGAUUACAUUAGCAACCUGUUCUCCCACAAGGGCUCUUUGCAGACAGGCAGCACUUGGAGAAAUGAACAUGUCUAAUUACAGUACGGGGGAAUAUGUAACAUAAUUUAAAUAAAUUAAAUGUAUUGUAGAAAUAGAUUACUGCCUGCAAAACUUGUCACCACGAAUGAGAAAAACUCUGGGUGGGAAAUAGUGCCAAAUGGUACCUAUUCCCUAUAUAGUGCACUACUUUUGACCAGAGCCCUAUAGGUGUGUAGGGAAUAGGAUGCCAUUUGUGACGCAGCCCUAGCUCUUUCUGCGUUUCAUAUCUGAACUAUGCACCUUAGAUAUAGUUUUGAGAAAAGAAGAGUGAAAACUAAUAACAACACGAAAACAAUACUAUAGAGUAAAGACACAGGUCAUUAAUUUAGGUUCAACACAACAGUAAGUGUACACCUGACAGAUUUGGACAUAUGUCAGUAAUAUGGUAGUAGACCAGACCCUCUCUUAGGUUAGGUUACUACUGUUUAACUUACACCAAUUUAUGCUACUCCAGUUUUGAACGGGAAUCAAGAAGUGUACGGUGGUAGGGACUAGUACUACAGUGGUUUAUGUUACUUUAAAACUGGGUUGUACAGUCCUGCUAUCCAGAAUAUGCCUUGUCUAUCAAGGUCCAUUCAGAUAAGCUUUAUUCUCAAGGUGAAGCUUGCUGUUGGCUUUUGUGGGCGUGUAUCAGAACCUCUCAUGCUGUAUCCAAUCCAAUCAACUGACUCUUAUUACUCAAACCCUUGGCGAUAGACAGAAGACAGGCCCAGAAUAGACCUCCUGAUGCUUCUUUUCUUUCAACACUUUCAAGCAACACAAAACUUUGGCUUCAAGCCCUAACUACCCUUCGGGACUCUUCCUCCCAAAUGAAACCUAAACCAAAGUUGUGUACUGGACUGUGUAGUCAGAGCCAGAUAAAGCUGGUUUUAGUGCAUGAGCUUGAGCAACACUCGUCCAUGUACUGUAUGUGUCAGGUUGCGAUAUCCAAAAUGGCACUCUAUUCCUUAUAUAGUGUACUAUGGUGCUCUUGCUCUGGUAGAGCAAAGUAAAAUAGAGUACUACAGUACAUAGGGAAUAAAGCGCCAUUAAGGGUGCACCCUCAGUCCUCCCUACAAACCCAACAGAGCCCCAGGACACUGUAUGGAGGAUCCACAGACUGGUCAAACAGAUUACUGUUUUCUAGUAUAUUUUUGUAGAAUACCAGAAUUCCUUGUCCCUCCUACUGCACAAAGUAACUCACUAUAUAGCCCUAUAUGACCUAUAAUAGUUUUUGUGGCAAUCUUUCAUAGACUAGACAUUAGGGACAUAGAAAUGUAUUGUAUAGAAUGGCCAUCCCUUUUUGAAAAGCAAUGUUGGAUGGAUGUCAGUCAGAUGGCUAAUGAACUUGGAGGAGUAGUGGUCUGUUAACCAUCUGAUCUGUUAAAUUGUGCGGCUAUAUCGUUUUGUUCAUAAUAAUUCAUGUGGAAUGGAGAGAACAUUAUCAAUACUUUGUCAUUCUUUGACAGCUCCCACAGUCUCACGAAUUAGACCAUUCAUCCAUGUCUCUCAAACGUCCAAUUUCUAAGUUCUUCCAAAUGUCAAAUUGUGUACUUAGACAUUUUGCAGAGUUAAAAUCUCAAAAACAACUUUCUUUCACUGAAUUUGAACAUGCAAACUUUGACAGCAGAGACAGAUGCCUAUGCCUAUGCCUACCCACCAUCCAUGUCUAAGCAAAACCAAAACCUACUUGAAGGUAACAGCGCUCCCUGUUGCACCUAGUGGCCAGUUUUCACGUGAUAUCAGAUAUUGAUAUAUGUCGACUACUGACUGGUGUCACGGGUGAACUGGCUGGUAAUUCUACAGCAUCACAUUAUUUUGCUUUCUGGGAAGGUUAAUGAAACACAUGGCAAGGAAGAUCGGUUGCAUCCAAAUGGCACGAUAUUUCUUUAAUAAAGCACAACUUUGGGCCCUGGUCAAAAGUAGUGCACUUUGAAAGGAAACGUGCUGCUACUACUGUACAAGGUGUCGUCUCUGUAACAAUGAUGGCAAUGGGCUAUCAUAGAGAUGCAAAACCAUUAUCAACAUCUGCUUUAUCCACAGUACCAUAGGGUAGUGGAUAACCAUUGAUGUUUAAUGUAACGAAUUAACACUUUUGACACCAAAUUCCCUAUAUAGUGCACUACCUAUGCCCUGGUCAAAAGUAUUUCACUAUGUAAGGAAUAGGGUGCCAUUUGGGACUUAGACUUAGUUUUCCAUGACACUUAAUAAUACUCCCAUAUGGGUCCGUAGAUAGGACAGUCUGUCUAUGUGCAGUGGAAACUUACUUGCUCACUAUUUUCAUAAAUCAACACUAUUCUAUUUUUAUAUCAAUUUUGAUGAGCAGUUUUUUUUUCUUAAUAUCUCUGAAUGUGCUUGGAGUACGAGGAAAGGGGUUGAGUUAGCUUGAUACUUGAGCACAAACUGAAACUGCAAACCUGGAGAUGAGGAGAGGGAUUUGGGGGGGAGAUACAAACUGAAACUGCAUUCAAACUGAGCUUUUAGCACGUCAUAACUACUGAUCUAUAAUCUUAAAUCUAGAAUUAACAUACCAAUAACAUAAGCCAUCAGAUGAUACCAACCAGAGUUGUGGAGAUAUAAGAGAUGUCCGAGCUGCUCACUAAGUCUCUGAUUAAAACUAAUUGCUAUUUAUCUUCAGAAAGGAGAAGGGAUGGAUUCUGUAACUGACUCGACUGGAUGGACUGGUUGAACUUUGACCUCUAUCGGACGUCUUCCACUGUCUGAACGAGCCCGAGAUGCUGAUUUACACUGACUGGGUUGUUGUUGAUAUAUUUUUCUCCUACCUUUUGGUUUAUUUCAAUGAAAAAUGAACAAUUUAUUUCGGCUGAAAAUGUUAAUAAAUCAUAAAAAAAAUAUAUAUAAUUACAAAAUGUAA